AUGCGUGAGGAGCCAGUGCUCGUCGCAGUUGAGGGCCCAACAAUAAAGGUCUUCCAAGCUCAGACUGGGCUGCAAGUAUCAAGUUGGCCAAUCCCCGCGGAUGCGGAUCCCAAAUUAUCCCCGGAUGUCAAAGACCGCUCCAGUCCUCCUGAAAAAAGAAGGAGAUUGUCCCCGCCAGCCGAGGAAACCGAGGAAGCCAAAUCCGGGAAAAGCACAGCUGGCAGACCAGAGACGGGGAGUGCAGGGCGAGCAUGGUCUACCAUCCCAAUUCUUACCGUUUCUCCAAGUGGAGAUCAUGUCAUUGUUGUAACGGGAGAAGACAAAUGCUUACGAGUUUUGGAACUGAAGCCUGAUGGAACACUCACCCAAUUAUCAGAACGGUUUAUGCCGAAGCGCCCUUGCGCACUUGCAGUAACACCAGAUAAUACCACCAUCCUAUGUGGAGACAAGUUUGGGGAUGUUUAUUCUCUACCAAUACUCCCAAGGGAAGAAGUGACGUUGCCAUUGAGGAAAGGCGCAGAAGCUUCGAAACCUUUCCAGCCGUCUGCUUCCAAACUUACUGUUCAUACGCAAAAGAAUCUCAGGGCACUUGAGCAGCAGCUCCGCAACCCUCGUGCGGCGCAGGAGAAGUCAGAGCCUUCAUUCGAGCACACGCUUUUGCUUGGACAUGUAUCGAUGCUGAGUGAUAUGAUUCUUACACCUCCUUCAACUGACGCCACCGCUGGCCCUCGCCAAUACUUAAUAACGUCGGAUCGUGACGAACAUAUCCGCGUCUCUCGAAGCCUUCCUCAAACGCAUGUCAUCCAUGGUUACUGUUUAGGGCACACAUCAUUUGUGAGCAAGCUGUGCAUUCCAUCUUGGAUCCCCAAAAUUUUGAUAUCAGGUGGAGGCGAUGACUUCUUAUUCUGUUGGGAUUGGCUGGAAGGCCGCCUCCUACACAAGGUUCCACUGGGACUCGGCUCCAAUAACCCGAACAGCGAGGAGAAUAGCCCACAGCCCUCUGAUACAGGGAGGAUAACUGUCUCGGGUAUCUGUGCGGUUCCUUUUGCUGGUGGGCUAAGCGCGCAUACUCCAGGAGCCAUUCUAGUUGCCUUGGAAGGCGUUUCAAAGCUCUUAACGUUUAGCGUUAGCAUGGAUGGGAUACUGACCCCUUCUAACGCAAUUGAAUUGUCUGGGAAUGCCCUCGAUGUCACAGCUGCGGAUGAUAGUGGUAAAGUUUAUGUUUCAGUCGAUAACAUCCACAAACAAGGCUCGACCAAGGAGUUGAGAGAUUCGGCCAUGGGGUCUAAAUUAGUACAGUGCUUUACCGCCACCAAUCACGGUGCGCUAGCCUGGGAAGAGGCGGAUGAUCCCAUAACGGACGCGAUCAAUAAUCGCGACACUCUCGGAUCCCAUUGCCAACCCAAAUACUAA